AUGGCGAAGACUUACGAUUACUUGUUUAAACUACUUUUAAUCGGAGACUCUGGUGUCGGGAAGACCUGUGUCCUUUUCCGAUUUUCAGAGGAUGCAUUUAACUCGACCUUUAUCUCCACUAUAGGUAUUGACUUCAAGAUUAGAACAAUAGAACUUGAUGGAAAGAAGAUCAAGCUCCAGAUAUGGGACACAGCAGGGCAAGAAAGAUUCAGGACCAUCACCACUGCGUACUACAGAGGAGCCAUGGGCAUCAUGUUAGUGUAUGACAUCACUAAUGAGAAGUCCUUUGAAAACAUCAAGAACUGGAUUCGAAAUAUAGAAGAGCACGCCUCGGCCGAUGUGGAGCGGAUGGUCCUCGGGAACAAAUGUGAUGUCAAUGACAAACGACAAGUGUCCAAAGAACGAGGAGAAACGUUGGCUCUGGAAUAUGGGAUCAAGUUCAUGGAGACAAGUGCAAAAGCAAAUAUCAAUGUGGAGAAUGCAUUUUUAACACUCGCUAGAGACAUCAAAGCAAAAAUGGACAAGAAGCUGGAGGGUAAUAAUCCACAGGGCAGCAACCAAGGAGUCAAAAUUACCGAACAGCCCAAAAAGAGCAGUUUCUUCCGCUGUACGUUGCUGAGCCGUGACAUUCAUUCACCUGCAACACAUUUGAGUGCCGGUAUCAGGAUGAGCCACGCAGAUGCUCUGGUCCAGAGGUUCCAGUUGGAGUUUGCCACUCAGGAUGGCCUCAUCCCACAGUGGUUUCAUGGAAUUAUUUCCAGGAAAUUAUCAGAGGAACUGCUCAUGUGUAAACCACCAGGACACUUCCUCAUUCGAGUCAGUGAAAGUCGCUUUGGUUACACACUUUCUUAUCGAGCUGAUGACGGCUGUCGACAUUUUAUGAUUGAUGCAUUAGAAGAUGGAUAUGUCAUCUUAGGAGACGACAGACACCACCGCCUUCUUCAGAACUUGGUGGAUUUUCAUUGCAGGCAUCCAAUUAGACCAUUCACUGAGCUCCUAACUGUGCCAUGUGGACAGAUCUCAGACAUAAAGACAGACGACCAUGAAGAAAUGUUUUUCUCACAAAGACACCAAAUGAUCUUCCCCUCAAAUACAGUGGAUCCUCCAGCACUUCCUUGGAGGCCAAAUAUCCCCCCCUCUGAAACCCUCCAUGACGCACAGACUGUCUCUGCACCUCGAUUCUCUCAGCCUAAACUCCCACACAGAAAUGCAGAUCUUGCUCCGUCCAAUGAUAACCCUUUUCACAUCCGGACCAAGUGUGGCCUACCCAGCUUCCUCAAAAACCAAAGAGACCCUCUGAGAUCUGUAUUUACUAACCUGAAGAAAAUUAAGAAGAACUCGAAAAACUGCACAUCAGAAAAAUCUGUCUUUGAAGAAAUUCAAAGUAAUGCAGAUGUUAACCCAGAAAAGAAUCUAUACCAAGUUAAUAGAGACCCACAGAGUUUGCAGGCUGAGAACCUGGACAAACCUGCUGAAAUAAUUACUCUGCCUCAGGAGUACCUGCCUCCUCCGCCUUUUGCCCCAGGAUACAAAUUCACCGAAUAG